GUCAGCAGUCUCACUUCCCAUGUGACUCAGCUGCUACAUCAUAUCAUGGCUCUAUAAAAGGGGAAGGACGGAGCAGUGAGGCCACAGAGGACCAUUGACCAACUGUCAGAGGACCAACCAUCAUAACAGAGAGAAGACUUCACUUUAUUACAGCCUGCAGAGAUGGAGACCAUGAAGAGUGCCAGGAAAAAUGAGACAGGAGAUGUUGGCAGUGAUUUAUCGGAGCAGAUUAAGGCAGCCACUAAGGUCAAUCAUGUCAGAGCUGAAAACACACAGCUGAUGCUAAGUUACCAGAAGGGACAGAUCACCCUGCCACAGUACAAGGUCCUGUUGUUUUCCCUCUAUGAGAUCUACAAGGCGCUAGAAGAGGAGCUGGACAGAAAUUCUUCCCAUCCAGCUGUUGCACCUAUAUACUUCCCUCAGGAACUUGCCCGCCUGGAAGCACUCGAGGCAGAUCUGGAGCAUUUCUUUGGCGUAAACUGGAGGAAAAUGGUGAUUGUCCCCUCAGCCACACACAGAUAUGAACAGAGACUGCGGAAGAUUGGCAAAGAGAGCCCAGAGCUGCUGGUGGCCCACGCCUACACUCGCUAUCUUGGUGAUCUAUCAGGAGGGCAAGUGCUGGGGAAAAUUACUCAGAAAUCCCUCGGGCUGAGCAGCAAAGGGGGGCUUUCGUUUUUCACCUUCCCUGGAGUGACCAGUCCCAACCGCUUCAAGCAGCUGUACAGGAGCCGGAUGAACAGCAUCGAGCUGACAGAAGAGGAGAAGGAGGAGGUGCUGAAGGAGGCCGUCGCUGCCUUUGAGUUCAACAUCCAGGUUUUUGAUGACUUGCAGAAAAUGUUGAGUGUCACAAGAGAAGCGGUGGACCAACCAGAGCCCAGUGCUGUGAGAACUUCCAUAUUCACAUUUUCACCCAUCAUGCAGUUCACCGUGGGAGUGUGUGUCGCACUGACCACCAUUGGAAUGGGACUCUAUGCCUUGUAGGCUUUAACCAGCGCUUGUAAUUGAUAUGCACAUAGCACUUUACGGAUCACUUCAUACAACAAAUCUGAAAUUUCUCAUGUAUAAACGAUCAAAUCACAGCAGAAACAGUGAUUCUCUCAACUUUUGUCAUUUGUAAGAACUUUUUUAAAACAAUCCUACAGUGUAAAAACUGUCUGUGAUCUUUUUAUGAUUUGUGUUGAAUAAAAAUAUACAGAUCAGAAAUUAAAA